AUGACACUGGACUUAUCUCUGCCCACCGCGUUGAUCCUAAUCGACAACCAAUGGGGUUUCAGUAAUCCAUCUACGAUCGCUCAUUGGGGGAAUACACGGUCCAACCCCCAAUAUGAAACAAACAUUCAAGCACUUCUCUCGACUUUCCGAGCUGCCAGGUCGGCAUCCACCACUCUAAUGGAGGUGAUCCACGUCUUCCACUCCUCCACUUCUCCCAACUCACCUUUCCACCCCUCUCAUCCCGAGGGAGGCAUUCGACCCCUAGAGUUCGCCACACCUUCAUCUGAUGGGUCAGAGCCUGUAUUCUGGAAGACCGUGAACUCUUCCUUCAUUGGAACUGGGCUUGAGGCCCAUUUACGUGAAAGGGGAUUCCGCCAACUUAUCAUUGCCGGAUUGACGACCGAUCACUGUGUAUCGACUACGACGCGGAUGGCUGCUAACUUGGGAGUCGUGGAUCAUUAUCCUGAUGGACCGGUUCGUCUGAGAGCAGACGGAACUCACGAGAAUGAGUUGAAUGUCGAGAAGGGCCGCAUUGUACUUGUCGAUGAUGCGACUGCUACGUUUGGCAAGGCGGGAAUCGACUCGGAGACCAUCCACAAGAUAUCGGUUGCUAGUCUAGAUGGAGAGUUCGCUGAUGCACUUGCUACACAUGUUGUUGUUGACGCACUGGGCAGGGUGGUCGGCUAG